UUGCCUUGUUUGCACCAUGAGAGGAUCCACCAGGUGCCUGAGCGCUGCGCCAUCGUACUGGCGCUGCGGUUGUGCUGCCCGCUGCGCGGAAUGGCCUCUCUGGACCUGCCCUACCGCUGUCCUCGCUGCGGGGAGCACAAGCGCUUCCGGAGCCUGUCGUCCCUACGCGCCCACCUGGAGUACAACCACACGUACGAGACCCUCUACGUCCUCUCCAAGUCCAACAGUGUAUGCGACGCCGCCGCUCUGCUGCCCCUGGUGGCGGAGGGAGCCCUCCUGGCCCCUGCCAACAACAACGACCCUUUCGAGCCUCUCCGGCCCUCCGCUUUAAAGGAGCGGCAUUUCGCCUGCCGCGAGCUCCCGUGCGCCGACGACCUGAGCCUGACCCCGGCCAACUCUAGCUCCGCGGCCGGGUACAUCCCGAAUGUGGAAUUCCCUCUGGGGGAUAUUUUCAUGAAGAAAGCAAUGACUUCUACAGAUCCAGGUCCCCAUGGAAACACGAGCACGGCCGUAGCGGUGGCGGCCAAUGUGGCGGCCAGUGCGGUGGAAGCCGCGUACGAGGAGGGCCUCGCCAGGCUGAAGGCUCGCGCAUUCGAGCGGCUGGAGCUUGAUGAGAGGCUGGAGAAGCUGUCAGAAGAGGUGGAGCAGAAAAUAGCAGCUCGUGUAGGCCGGCUUCAGGCAGAGCUGGAGAGGAAGAGCUCUGAGCUGGAGCGGGCCAAGCAGGAGAGCGAGCGACUGAGCCAGGAGAAACAGGACCUUGAGAACAAGGCCUCCGAGCUCUCGCGGCAGGUGGACGUCUCAGUGGAAAUGCUGGCGAACCUAAAGCAGGACCUGGUGAACAAAGAGACGGAGCUGAACCACAAACAGCAGGAAGUGGCCCAGAUUGACCAGUUCCUUCAGGAAACAGCGGCACGUGAAGCCAAUGCUAAGGUACGCUUGCAGGAGUUUAUCGAGGAGCUGUUGGACCGAGCCGACCGUGCUGAGAAGCAGCUGCAGAUCAUCAGCAGCUGUGGCACCACACCCAACGGCAGCCUGGGACGCUGCAGCCUGCAGGCUUCAAAGGGCACUGGACGCCAGAGAAACUCCAGCAUCUCGGGGAGCACUCGAGGAAUGUAUCAAGUGUCGGAGAGGCGCUCGUCCCCCAGCACAGGAGCCUCAGGAAGGAUCAAGUCUGUCUCGCAGGGCUCUGGAGGGUACGACAGUGACAGUGUUGAGAUGCAUCCCAUGGAGGAGUGCCCGGAGGCACAGUACUAUCACAUGCAGUGCCGGAUGAACGAGGGGGGUUAUGAGCGUUCCCCCAGUUGUGGAUCCAGAAACUGGGGCCUGCGUAAACAGGCCAUCCAGAACUGGCAGCGGCGACCUUACAGGAACAGCACGGAAGGGGAGGAGGGAGACGUGUCCGACGUGGGCUCCCGGACCACCGAGUCCGAAGUGGAGAUGUGGGAACAAGAGAGGAGGGCUGUGGCUGAGGUCCAGCAGUCUGCUGCUCCCUAUCCUCACCACAGCAGGGCAGCAUAUCGCUCAAACGCAGGUCGGUCUGAAGGUGUUUACUCCAAGCAAUGUCGCCACGAAAAGAGCCCAUCCAAAUCCAACGAGGUGAUCAGCCCAGAGAUCCUAAAGAUGCGCGCAGCCCUCUUUUGCAUCUUCACGUAUCUGGACACCAAAACGCUGCUCAGAGCUGCCGAGGUCUGCCGCAACUGGAGGUUUGUGGCCCGCCACCCAGCUGUGUGGACCAGAGUGCUGCUCGAGAACGCUCGCAUUUCAUCCAAGUUCCUGAGCACCUUGUCUCAGUGGUGCACUCAGACACACUCUCUGAUCCUUCAAAACCUUAAGCCAAGACAGCGGGGCAAGAAGGAAACGAAGGAGGACUACCUUAAAAGCACACGUGGCUGUCUUGAAGAAGGUCUGGAGGCGUUGUUAAAGGCCACAGGAAGUAACUUGUUAAUUCUGAAGAUUUCCCACUGCCCAAACCUGCUGACGGAUCGCUCCCUUUGGCUGGCAAGCUGCUAUUGCCGAGCCCUGCAGGCUGUAACUUACAGGAGUGCCACAGAUCCAGUUGGUCAGGAGGUGAUUUGGGCCCUUGGGGCAGGUUGCAGAGACAUUAUUUCUCUUCAGGUGGCACCUCUACACCCUUGCCAACAACCCGCCCGCUUCAGCAACCGAUGUCUGCAGACUAUUGGAAGAUGCUGGCCACACCUCCGGGCUCUCGGCGUGGGUGGAGCUGGAUGUGGGAUUCAGGGACUGGCCUCGCUGGCAAGGAACUGCAUGCGUCUGCAAGUGUUAGAGCUGGACCAUGUGAGUGAAAUCAACCAGGAGGUGGCAGCAGAGGUUUGCAGAGAGGGUCUAAAAGGCCUGGAGAUGCUGGUCCUCACCUCCACGCCCGUCACCCCAAAAGCUUUGCUGCACUUUAACAGUGUUUGCCGCAACCUCAAGUCCAUCGUGGUUCAGAUUGGUAUUGAGGACUACUUUGAGGACCCCAAUAGCCCAGAGGCGAGAAAGCUGUUUGACGAGAUGGUCAACAAGCUGCAGGCUUUAAAGAAAAGACCGGGCUUCUCCAAAAUCCUCCACGUGAAAGCCGACAGCCUCUGCUAACACCUUUUCUGCAGUCUUAGCUCCCUGAAAGGCCCAGUCGCGUCUUGAGUCAACCUAAAGGACCCUGCAGGUGUUAGCCCUCUCACUGGAGUUGAAUGCAUUUGCUGCACAAACGAGAUGCGAUCGACGCGUUGAAGAAGGACCAAUGCUCAGUGGGCUAUUUUUCAGUGGUACAAAUCUAAAACAGAAAAAACUAGUAUGCUAAAUAUGUUCUUAAUGUCGGUGAGGCCGUUAGACUUAAAGUGGCAUUUGGGAUCCAGUGAAGUUUGAACUUUGCAUUCUGGAGAAACAGAUCUCUGAUUCCUCCCUCUGCUGUCAUUCGCUUUCACCAUAAAAGUGACUGUGUCAUGGCACAGUCAGAUCCCUUCCUUCAGAACUUUAGAGGUUGUCGGCGGUGCUGCGUUUUUACCGCGUGCGUCACACAACGGCCGAUUACAAUACCACUCGCCGCCAACAUCUAAUGAGCAGGAACACAUUAUUAAGCCUAUGUACUUUCCACAAGUGUUUCUCAACAGAGUCUCGUAUGUGAGGGUUAACAGGAGCUUUAUGUCUGAGGGAGUAAAGAGGAAGUGAAGAAAUACCCAGCCUUUCCCGCACAACUGUACAUUGAAACAUCGUGAACACUCACCGCUUCCACCCUGAACCGAAAUGUGCUGCGCUCCGGAGGGUGUAAAGACACAUGGACCUGCUCCCAGUGCAUGGCAACGCUGUUUUGCCUCAUCCCUUUUCUCUGCUUCCCUCUGCGAUCAGGAUAAUAUCACUAAUCUGGAUGCUCUGCUCGCAUCACUGGACCGGUUUGUGUCAGAGGGCCCAUGGUAAGCGGUGCCACUUGUGACAGCAUCUGUUCCCUACCCCUGCGAGCGUUUUCUCCAAUGUGCCAUUAAUGAGGGGAGAGGGACCACACAAUGCAGAUGUUGAAUCACCACAGCUUAAAGAAAAAAAAAAGUUCUGCAGUUUGAUUUGAGUGGAUGCAAAUAUAACAUAAGGUGUUGUUGUGUUUCUUAUAGAACAAAAGGUCCAGGUUUGUACUGGUGUUGUCGUGUUUGUAUUUCACUUGUUUUCUCCAAAGUAAAUGGUGCCAUUCUAAUCGGCGGGCCUCACAAUGACUAGCCCUGAAUCUCAACACCUGACAUCCUGUGCCUCCCUCUGCUGGUGAUCCCGUGCAAAAACACAGUUGGGGAGACGUCCCAUUUUGCGGCAUGGAGCAAGUAUUAUCAUUUCUGUGCAGAACUUGGACUCAAGUGAUCAGAUUUUGGAAUUGGGAAACUCAUAUUAUUGCUGUCUAGAGUAUCUUGCCGGAAUUCUAUCAGAGUAUGAUCAGCAAAACCUACUGAAAAAUAGUGCUUGUGGUCUGGGGUUUGUGUCGGUUUAGAUUUAUCUUUCAACUGACAAACUGGGAGACAGAUUGAGUGCUGAAGAGAUAUGUGUUUAUUUGGUUUUAGUUUUCUAAGGGUUUUCAGGAACUUAUGUGUCAUCUUUGUCUUUGAUACAUUAGACAGCGGUCAGAAUGCUCUCGAGCUAUAUUCACACUACCCGUGGCAUUGUUUAGUGGUGAUCCAGCUCCAAUUCACUGAUGGUCAGAUUUGACAGUUCACAGGAGCCGUGCAUCUGAUUUCCCUCUGAUCUUGACUGCCUAUGCUGAGAUUCCCUUUUGUGUGUCCCAGAAGGUCCAGAAAACAUCAUAUUUGUUUGUGAUAUAACCACUGUGGAGUAUAUGUGAAAACAUGCAAAAAAAGUAAAGGGAAUGCAUCCAAAUAUUUUAAUGGCAUUAAGCCCUUAAAGAAAAAAAAAUGUGUUCAAUUGUGAAGGAAAACAUUAAGAAUAGUGACAGCGAGAACCUUAACAUUUGCAGUUUCAGUGGUUAGUGGUUAGUGGCGUUAUUAGACUGCUGCAGCAACAACUUUCAGCUCAUGCAUGUAAGCAAAAAGCCACGUGAAAUCUCAUGGGUUUUUACGCCGCAUCGCCUGUGCUUCAGACCACUCUUCAUUUGAGAGAAUUCAGUGGCAAAGUAGAUUCAAACUGUUGAAGAAAUGGUGUAAAAAUGGUGGUAUAUAAAAUCCCAGAUUCUCUGUUUAAGCCUCUUCUUGUGUAACAUUUGCCUUGGCUCACACAUUAGAACUUGUUUCUGAUUCUUGGAACUGACAAAGCUUGGGCCGCUGCCUACUGUAACCAAGACAGUACUUGCUCAUAAGUAAUUAUCACAACUCCAUGUAAAAGAAACUAAAAUACUACUUAAAAUGUGGGCCAUAAGAAACCGAUUAUGGACAGGCCAGAUCUCACAUUUUCAUUGAGCUUUUUUAAGUUGAUACACAAUAUGGACCAAAAACCUGAAUUUGUCUUCUUCAGGCCAUCCAAGCUUAUGACAUACGAAAAUAGCUUAUGCUCAUAAGAACCAUUUUGAGUGGGGAAAAAAAUCAACAGUUUGAAAACGGAUUCGAAAAUAAAUCAUUCUCAAGGCUCAUUUACCACUAGCUCACCACCUGUUUCCUGACAGCAGUUCUCUUCUCUCAGUGGUUGAAAGUCUUAACAAUGCUGUGGAGGCUUCCAGGUUGACACUGUCCUCUGGUAACAAAGGCCAACUUCUGUUUUUUCAGACUACUUAUGAGAAGUGUAACUACUUAUUGCUGAUGAGAUGGGAGAAGUGUCAUGGGUAACCAUUUCCACAUGUUCCUCCACUUCUGCAUAUAAUUGAUCUACAUUAGUUCUGACUUUCUGCUCAGUUUAACUAAAGGACAUAGGUUGGGGGGGGGGUGCCCAUUUAUGCCCACACUAUGGAGAAAACACAAAGCACUUGUUGAUUUUAAGUUUUAGACAAUCCUGCCUUUGUUAUCAGCUACUCUGUAUAUAAUGUUUGUAAAAAAAAAAAAAAACGAAAAAAAAGAGUUGACGUGUGUUGUUAACAUGAAAUAUUAAGGUCAUGCGUCAGGAUGGAACAGUGGAAGUUUACUGGCCUUCAUCCUGUCAGAAUUUUCUCUCCAAAGCUGAACGAAAGACAAACAUAGAGAAUUAUAUUAUGUAUAACAGUAGUGUUGAAAUUGCAGUUGUGUAUUAGAUACUUUAUAUUAAAUGUGCAUCAGAGUCAUAUAGAGAUGGAAAUUAUUUAAGAAGAGGACAAAAAUGAUAAUUGAGCUAUUUAUUUCUAUAAAAGCGGCGCUGUGUAUACUGUUGGCAUGUUUGUGUUCAUGCAUCAAUCAUUACGUUGCCUUCUUAAAUGUUCUGCUACUGUGGCAAGGAAAUUAUUAGAUGUUUAAAGAGCUUUGAUUGCCUGCAGGUUAAUUCUUUAUUUUAUCGCGUCUGUUGUUGCACUAUAGAAAAAAAAGAAAUGGAUAUUUCAGAUGUUUAUUAUAAGAGUGUUGUUUUAAAUGUUUCUCAGUAUUUGACAAAAAUAUAUAUAUAAAAUGCACUUUUUUCUUGAACACUGUCCUCGGCCAGCUGGUCGUCCGCUUAAUCAGAAGUUUCUGUUGGCAGAACAUCUGUCGACGUCCACUCGUGUGGAACAUGCAUGUUGGAUUCCAUGAGAGGAAGACAUGGGAAAUGCAUUGACAACUUGCAAACCUGUAAUAGAAGAACAGUUUGUCUUAUUUCUCUUAACACCAUUAGUCAUUUGAUUGGGAGGUCGACUAUCGAAACCGAUUUAAAUACAUUCAAGUGCUUUUUAAGUUGCCAUUAUGACCUUACACUCAGCUCAGCUCUUUCUGUUUUACACUCUAAAUGUAGCGUUCAUAGCAUCGGCCCAUUUGUUUUGGCGGUGAAAGCGACCUGCUGCGGGUGCUGCGUGGUCUGUACGCUCUCGACAUGCAGAUUGGGAAGGCCAAUUACACUGGAAUAACUUUGGCCUCCGUUUCCAAAUGUCUGCCUCGUGUGGUGAAAGUUUGAAACGUCACCUGAAUCGAGAUCGUUCUCCCAUUCACAUGUUUGUUAUAUCUUGUAAUCGGGGAUCCCCAGUGGCAGUUGCACCAGCUCAUCUCCAUGUGCAAUCCAAAACUUUGUUUGAGUGCUCAAGUAUGUACCCCCCUGUACAUAUUUUACACAUGAAUGAUUGUACUGUCCAUUAAUCUGAACAGUGUUUUACGCAUUACCUCAACACUUAACGGGGAAAAAACAAGUGUUCGUUUUUUUUUGUGUUUGUAUUCAUUCUGAUUGCUGUUGACAGCUGAUCCAGGAACUUCCUCCAUUUUGCUCUGGAGAUGACGUGAAAUUUGUUGUUUAACAACACUUCCCGAAAAGAAUGAUAAGCCUUCUAUGAUGACUGUGUUAGAUGGGAAUGUUUCAGAUCUCAUUUUCACUCAUUUGUUGUCAUCAAUAAAAACCGCUUUAAAUUGUUCUUGUUCUUCAUUCAUUUUGAGGUUCCUCGUGUUUUUUAUUAUGUUUAUUUAGUUUUCCAUGUUUAGUUAUC